CCUCACUGCGUCACGCGUGCUCCGAUCCCCCAGCGAGGAGAGGAGGACAGUGCCAGGGGGAGGAGGAGGAGGAGGAGGGAAAGUGCCGUCCAAAAAGAAGAAGCGUGUUUGCUCGCAGAGAGGGAAUAUUAAAGAGGACUUGAGCGGCCACGCAAAACUCUUGACCCGCUCUUCUCCUUCCUGCCUGCGGGGCGCCGCGUUUCUCCACGGCGCUCUGCGGACGUCUUCUCUGCCUGGUCCUCCACUGCUCGGCAGGUACACUCACUCAUGGUGGACGCCAAGGGACGCAACAUGAAAUGUCUCACUUUCCUCUUGAUGCUUCCAGAGUCGGUGAAGAGCAGGUCUAACAAAGGGGCCAAGAAGGGCAGCCCCGCAACCUCCAAACUGCCCCCCGUCUGCUACGAGAUCAUCACCCUGAAAACCAAGAAGAAGAAGAAGAUGGCUGCGGAGAUCUUCCCCGCCAAGAAGUCGUCCGCGACCACCACGGUCCAGCAGUACCAGCAGCAGAACCUCAACAACAACAACACCAUCCAGAGCAGCAACUGGCAAGGGCUGUACCCCACCAUUCGAGAGAGGAACGCAGUCAUGUUUAACAAUGAGCUGAUGGCCGACGUUCACUUCCUGGUCGGGUCGCCGGGGGGAACGCAGCGGUUGCCCGGACACAAAUACGUCCUGGCUGUGGGAAGCUCGGUGUUCCAUGCCAUGUUCUACGGAGAGCUCGCCGAGGACCAGGAUGAGAUCCGCAUCCCGGACGUGGAGCCAGCGGCCUUCCUGGCCAUGCUGAAGUACAUAUACUGUGAUGAGAUUGACCUGAGUGCAGACACAGUGCUGGCCACCCUCUACGCCGCCAAAAAGUACAUCCUGCCCCACCUGGCGCGGGCCUGCGUCACCUUCCUGGAGACGAGCCUCAGCGCCAAGAACGCGUGCGUGCUGCUGUCGCAGAGCUGCCUGUUCGAGGAGCCCGACCUGACGCAGCGCUGCUGGGAGGUGAUCGACGCCCAGGCCGAGCUGGCCCUCAAGUCCGAGGGCUUCUGCGACAUCGACGCGCAGACGCUGGAGAGCAUCCUGCGCCGCGAGACGCUCAACGCCAAGGAGCUGGUGGUGUUCGAGGCGGCGCUCAGCUGGGCGGAGGCCGAGUGCUCGCGGCGGGAGCUGACUCAGUCCAUCGACAACAAGCGCAAGGUGCUGGGCCAGGCCGUGUACCUGAUCCGCAUCCCCACCAUGGCGCUGGACGACUUCGCCAACGGGGCGGCCCAGUCGGGCGUGCUGACGCUCAACGAGACCAACGACAUCUUCCUGUGGUACACGGCGGCCAAGAAGCCCGACCUGCAGUUCGCCAGCGAGCCGCGGACGGGCCUGUCGCCGCAGCGCUGCCACCGCUUCCAGUCCUGCGCCUACCGCAGCAACCAGUGGCGCUACCGCGGCCGCUGCGACAGCAUCCAGUUCGCCGUGGACAAGCGCGUCUUCAUCGCCGGCUUCGGCCUGUACGGGUCCAGCUGCGGGUCGGCCGAGUACAGCGCCAAGAUCGAGCUCAAGCGCCAGGGCGCCGUGCUGGGCCAGAACCUCAGCAAGUACUUCUCGGACGGGUCCAGCAACACCUUCCCGGUGUGGUUCGAGUACCCGGUGCAGGUGGAGCCCGACACGUUCUACACGGCCAGCGUGGUUCUGGACGGGAACGAGCUGAGUUACUUCGGGCAGGAGGGCAUGACGGAGGUCCAGUGCGGGAGGGUCACCUUCCAGUUCCAGUGCUCCUCGGACAGCACCAACGGAACGGGGGUGCAGGGGGGGCAGAUCCCUGAACUCAUCUACUAUGCCUGACCCUACGACCAGGCUUUCCCACCGCUCCCGGUUGUUCUGUCCAUCAGGCUUUGCGCUAAUGAAGUUUCCGGAAUUUUCUUAUGUGGGAACUACCCCUGGGAGUUUUCUUGUCCUGAGAUGGCUUGCCCACCACUCCUGGUUGUUCUGUCCAUUGGGCUUUGCGCUGAAGAGGUUUUCUACAUUGGGCCUACUCCUGGGAGUUUUCAUGCCACACUGGGUACCAGACAGACGUGGUUCACAGAAAUUUUGGGGGAAAUGCUGGGAAAAGCUAUCUCUUAAGUUCAACAAACAUUGAUUGUGUGCAAUGUGAUGAGCAAGUCUGGAGGAUUGGGAGAUUAAUUUGACCAAACAAAGUGAGUCUCUUACUAUUGAAAACACCACUGGAGUAUGCAAAACACUGGUAACUCAAUCAUGACAUUGAAAGAUGGUGUGCAACAGCAUUUGCUUUUGAUUCUAUAUUGGAUUGUGUAUUUGUGUAAAUAGAUCUGAAAGGUUUAAUGUGUGCAACAACUUUAUGGCUGCUUGUCCGGAAUUUGUAAUUAAUGUUCAAUAUAAGCAAACUUGUAAGAUAAUGGUCUGUGUGUUAAUGCUUACAAUGAAAGCACAUGUUUAGUGCAGCAAUACCAAACAACAGCUUUAAAAGGCUUUUCAUGGCUGUGCUUAUCACAUAUCCAUAAGUGCUGUUUUAAUGACUUAGAAAAAGCAAUCCUGAUAUUUAACACCAAAGUGUUUGCUCUUGAAGUUGCAAUUAUGUUGCUAUUUGCUCCUUACAAGAACACAAGGCACAUUUUGAUUACACACAUAUUGGAUAUCUGGCUUAUUACCUGCAAUUUAAUGAACGACUUUGAAAAGUCAUGAAUGGGUGAAAAUUGGCUUCUGUAUUAGAGUUUGAACAUCGCAGAAAAUGAGAUCUGCUGAUGAAAUCUCGUGCCCGCUGCUCACUGAAAAAUGGUCUGCAGAAGUCUGUGACUGACUCAAUCUGCAUAAAUUGAAGUGUUAAGGUCCACUGUGCUUCCAUUAUAAAUCUCUCUCGUGGUCUAGAUGCUGGAUGCUCUAACUCCAAUUAAGGUUAUCUCAUUAUACUCAAAAGAAAAAUAUUUAUUUAUUUAUUUAUUCAUACUUAAGUCAGCUCUUUGGCCUGUUCCACGACUAUGUAAUAUUUAAUUGCUUUAUGUCACAUUUGAAUAUUUAUUGGUUGAAUAUUGAAUAUUAUUUAUUUCAUAUUUGUUGGUAAAGCUUUAGUCAGCUUUACGUAUUUUUUAAGCUUACGAAGGCUGACAUAAUGAAUGCUUUUUGUGUGUUUAUUCUUGUCAUGUUUGUUAAAUAUGCUGUGGAGUUUCAUUCUCACAGACCCAAAAGUAUGAUUUAAAAAGUAAUGGAAUGGAAAAUGAAAACAACUACGUGUACUGUUUACACCAGUUUUGGAUUGUGAUAACAUGUAGCGCUAACAUAUUUUGCACUUUAUGGAGUAUUGCUUCAUGACUUUAACACUCUUGAUGUAUACUGUCCAAUAUAUCAGUAUGUACAGUAAAAUGUUGCUUAUAUUGUAUGUUUUUUUAACUUGUGAAAGUAAAUAGGCAGCUUUUUUGAUUUUCUCCUGCUAGCGGGAACGAGUGAGGGCCGUUUGUCAUCCGCAGUGAGGAGGAGGAGGGCGAUGGGGUGAUGAAGGACCUUGGGGCGAAUCUUUCCGUGCUGUGUGUCCAUGUACUGCCUGUAGACCCAUGAAUGUGUAUGAUAGUAGCAAAUGAAAAUAAAAUGGCUGGUUACAUAUUAAUGAUACUGUGUUAACUGUGAUUUGAAGAAAAACAAGCAGAAUGUGAUUGACUUUUUUCUACGCUUAUUUUCAAACGUGUCUACACGGACCACUUCCUGUCACUGAAGAGGGAGACGGCAGGACCAAAGUAGUCCCCACUGUGGGAUUACUGGUUUGUUUUCACUAAACCAGGGAUCAUCAAAUCACGGUCCUCAAGGUCUGAGAACUGUUGAUUUUCCAUCCUCCCUUUACCUCCCAUUACUGUCAGGUGUGAAUCAGGAGCCCUGGUUGUUCAGCUAAUUACCUGGGAGAAAGGAAAACCAGGCCUAGAUUUGUAUUCAAGGUCCAUAUUUGAUGAUUGCGACACUAAACUGUCUAUGAUCUUACUUCACAAUUAAAUCAGAGAAUACUCAA